AUGAGCUUUGCUGGUCUGCAGAAACGUCUGCAGAAGAAGGUGGCAUCCACCGCAGCGGUGACGGGUGCUUCCUCUUCCUCGGAAGCAAACCUUGACCCUGCACCGUUUGCCAGCACCAUCUACGACGCUGCCACUCGAGAAGCACGCGCGAACCAUGAGGAGCGCAAACGACAACGUUCACCUGAUGAGGAGAAGAAACUGGCGAAAAACGUUACUGUGAAUGAUGGUGCUGGGCACGCCAAUGUGCCGUCUGAACAGCUCCCAGCAGAAAGGGCAAGACCAAAGAAUCUAACAGAGACGGAGUUUUUGGAGCGGCGUUGCUUAGCCGAGGAAGUGGUGUUGCAGUGUGCGGGGGCCAUGUUAAGAAGUAUGGAACCAGCAACAACCACCAGCAGUACAGCGGUUAUCAAAAACGAGUCAGAGGCGUAUUAUUUAAGUGGCUUGCCAGCACCGUUGUGUCAGUUUCUUGAACAACGCCUGCAACGUUCAUCGAAUGCAACUGCAAUGUCAAUUGACGCAUGUGAAGAGGAGGAGCACGAGCUUCUCUCCGCUCUGAAAGUCGCUCUGAAGAGUACCAACAAUGAACAGGUGGCGUUCCCCCAGCAUCUCGAGUCUCUUAUCAUCAUCUUGCGUACCCUCUGGCUUGCCUUGUGUUGGCAUUGGGCCAUAGCACUUUGCGGGACGGAGGGCAGUGAAUCUCGUGAGAACGGGUGGUCUUACAACGUCUAUCUUCUCUCACGGCACGCGCUGCCUGAUGUGGUGCUCACUACGCGAGGACGUGAUGUGACACUGGCCUUGGAGGCCUGGAAGGUGGCAUAUCAUGUGCGGCAGAAUGUGCUUGACUUCCUGGCAUAUAUACUCCACGAUGUGGGGGUGGUCCUACGGUUCUCACAAAGUGAUGAUUCAAGGACUCACGAGGAGUCACGGAUUGUGCCGUUGAAGCUUGUGGACAGUAUCUUUCAAAUGGUGCAGCACUUACGUCGCCGGGAUUUUGCGGCGUGUCGUCAGAUCUACGUUGACCUUACGAUGGGAACCGCAAACUGGAAGUUAGGCCUUUUUUCAGGCGGGGAGGUGCACAUGAGGCGUUCCAUGGAACGCAUCGAACGUCGCCGCAUUGAGCAUCUUCUUCAUAAUGAAAGAGCUGUACGUAUUUUGCAUGUACUGCGAGAGUUGGUUGAUUUUGUUCAGAAAAAUGAAGUUGCUUUGCUGCACUCCGGUAUUUUCGCUACGGAGCGGCCGAAGAAGGAGCACAGCUAA